AUGGGGUCUUGCCUUUUGGAAGUACAUGUAUCACAAAUUAUGCUAUACGCUAGCACAAAAUUUGAAAACCGCACAGGAUUUAAUAGUACUGCUCAAUGGCACGAUUCGCUUGUAGUAACCCACGUACAUUUUGGUGACGAAUUAUUCGAAAGACUGGACCGCCUGGUCCUCCUACUGGAUACGGGUUCUACUCCAGCAGUUCGAUUAACAGCCGCGCAGCAAUUGGGAGAAAUUCAAAAGCAGCACCCCGGAGAGUUGCAUAAUCUAUUAUCAAGGGUUGUGGUUCACUUGAGCAAUAAAGAAUGGGAUACCCGUAUUGCUGCGGGUCAAGCGAUCGAAUCCAUUGCAAAAAACGUUCCACAAUGGGAUCCUCCAGAAGUUAUUAAAAACGAAAACGAAAAAUUACCUACUAUUAAUGAAUCGGAUAAUAAUAAAUAUUCAUUUAAUAAUUUUGAAAUUGCGAAUGUAUUGCAAAAUGGAAAAACAUUACUGGGAUCAGCAGGGAAGGAAUAUGACCUUGAAUUAAGUGAUCUUGACCCAGCGCAAAGGCUUGCUUUACAACAUAAAAAUCUUAGAGAAAGAUUAGGGUUGGGUGGUGAAUUCAUGGAUGUUGAUUUGCUUGAUGAUAUGGACAUCAACAGUUCAAUUGUAACACAACAAAAUGUAAAUUCUAAGGCUGAAAAUGUUGCACCGCAACCACCACGUUCUCCUGUUUUGAAUACAGAAGAUAUGUCAGGAUUGAGUGCUAGAGAGAGAAAUAAACUGAAGAGGAAAGCAAAAACUGAAGCAAAGAACAAAGGAAAAGAAAAAUUGCGAGUUGUUGAAGUUAACAAUAGAAGAACUAGUGGAGAAUUCUCAGGAGCAGUUACAACUCCAGUAUCACCAUCUAUCAAAAUCGAAGGAGAUGGGAAAUCGGACGGUGCAUAUGAUAUUACACCACAACCAUGUUCUGGUAAAAUUGUAGUUGAAUCUAAAAAAGAAGGUUCAAAUGCAUUUGAAGAUCAAAAUAAUGAAUGGCCAUUUGAAAAUGUCUGUGAAUCGUUAUGUGUUGCUUUAUUUCAUCCUUGUUGGGAAGUCAGACAUGGUGCAUGUAUUGGUUUAAGGGAGAUUUUGAAAGUUCAAGGACAUGGAGCUGGACGUCGGGUUGGAUUGACUAAAUCUGAUAAUGAAAUUAGACAUCAUAAAUGGUUGGAAGACGUAGCUAUUCGAUUGCUUUGUGUAUUUGCACUUGAUCGUUUCGGGGAUUUUGUUUCAGAUCAGGUCGUAGCACCUGUACGAGAAACAUGUUCACAAACAAUGGGUGCCCUUCUUCGUUAUAUGUCGUCUGAAGGUGUAGAAAAUGUUCAUAAGGUUUUAUUGCAGAUGGUAUAUCAAAUAGAUUCGAAUGAUAAUAAGAUGUCAAUAUGGGAAGUUCGACAUGCAGGAAUGUUAGGAUUAAAAUAUACUGUCGCUGUACGCAAGGAUCUUGUAAAUACUAUUUUAAAUGGUACAGUGGAUGCGGUUAUAGAAGGUGACGAUGAUGUUCGAGCCGUAGCGGCUUCUAUUUUAAUACCAAUUGCGGAUUAUUUUGUCCAACUUGCUCCAAAUAAAAUACCCGAAAUUGUAACUGUGUUGUGGGAUUGUCUUAAGGAUCUUAAAGAUGAUUUGACAGCUUCCACAGCUAGUGUAAUGGAUUUUUUAGCAAAAUUAUUUUCUUUUCCUACCGUAUUAGAAUAUAUGCGAGAGGCUGCUGCAUCUGACCAAAGUCAUUCUUUAACUACUUUAAUACCAAGAUUAUAUCCAUUUUUCCGUCAUACCAUUACAUCUGUACGAGUCGCGGUACUCAAUACUUUGCUAACAUUUUUGGGUAUGGACGAAGUAGAAGAAUGGGUCGAUCAUCGUACUUUUAGUCUUGUGUUUCAAAAUAUUAUUGUUGAGGAAAAAAGAGAUGUUCUUUAUAUUUCUCUAAAAGUUUGGUCAAGAUUACUUUCACAUGUAUCAAAACCCGUUGAAAAGAAUAAACUCUUUAAUUUCACAUCUCAACAUAUCGGAUCAUGGUUUUCAAUAGUCAUGACACCUUUAGGUACUCCAAUUGAGCGUCGAUUAUUUUAUAUUCCUGAUGGACCGAUUCCAAUGGAAACAACUCCUAUAACAGUAACAUCUCCAUCAAAUAAUUCAAGAAGAAGGAAUUCGAAUCGUAAUAAUAAUGGUGGUGAUAUUGCUGUAACAUCUGGUGGCUAUAGUAUUGAUACUGGAAUGUUGCAACAAGAUUUUGCACUGGUUAGUGUGGAUACUAUAUUAAGAGGAAGAGUUAUUGCUUCUAAAGGAUUAGGAAUGUUAAUGAGUUGUUGGCCAAGUGAGUCCUUAGAAUCCACAUUUAAAGAAUAUAUUAUAAACUGCCUUUCUUCUUCAUGGGCAUUAAGCAAACAAUUAGCUGCUGUAAUUACCGAAGAAUGGUCACGAUCAGUUAUGGAAAAAGAACCGCAAAAUAACCAAUCUUCAUUAAUACAAAAUUUACCUUUAGCCUCAAUUUUAUCUAAUGCCAUGAUCUCAAUUCUGGAAUCUAAUCCUCCUAGUUUUUAUUCAGAACUUGUUUCUAUUCUUCGUCGUAUUCGAGGGGAAUGUCAAGCAAUGCUUAAUACAUUUGUAUCUGUUGGCAAAGUUAAUUCCGAUAUCAUUCCUCCAUUACCUACAUAUGUUCUUGGAGAAAAAAUUCAAACAGACAAUUCAACUUCUUUGUUCGGAAUAGAAAUAGCUGCAGAAUUUUCAACUGAUGUUUUUAAUAAUUUAUUAUCUCAUGUAUCUGUUAAAAAUCGGAGAUCUUCAAAUGAUGAUACACAAUCUCAGUUACAAGAUCGUCAACGUCGAGUGGUAUCUUCAAUUGGUUAUUAUGAAGCUUCAAAACAAAAAAAUGAUACAAUUGUAUUUGCUGCAAUUGCCGGAGCAGUUGUUGCAUUACGAGUAUUACCUUCCAAGCUUAAUCCUGUAAUCAGAUCUAUUAUGAAUUCAAUAAAAUCAGAAGAAAAUUUUGAAUUACAGAAACGAUCUGCUUCUACUUUAGCUAGCCUUGUUGAACUUUGUUCAUAUGAGGAUAAUACAAUAAGAGUGAAUCCUAACGAUAAGAUAGUGAAAAAUUUAUGCACAUUUCUUUGUUCAGAUCCAAUGACUACUCCAGAAUUACAAUCUAAUCGUUCAAAAGAAGGUAUAUUAUCAUUGCAAAAAGCAAAGGAACCAGAAAAAUCAUCAACCAACAAUGAUUCUCUUAAUAGAGAAGAUGAAAAAUUGAAAUCACAAAUUCUAAUAAGACGUGGAGCAGAAAUAACCCUUAGAGAAUUUGCUACACAGUUUGGUUCAAAAUUAUUUGAUAUUGUUCCUAAAUUAUGGGACGAAGAUAAAAUAAAUUCGACACUUAAAUCAAAUAUCAGCUUGGGACAAGAUGUUAUUGACUCUCUUCAAAUAUUGCAAUCCUUGAUACCAAUAACAGAACUUCUUCCUCGUAUAAUAAAAGCUGCCCAGUGUCAAUAUUUAGUAAUUCGAUCGAUGGCAGCUCGAUGCUUCGCCACCAUUGCAGACACUAUUACUAUUCCUUGUAUGCAAAUAAUAAUAGAUAAAGUGAUACCUUUAUUAGGGAAUUCACAGAAUGUUAUACAUCGUCAAGGGGCAGCAGAAUUGAUAUAUCAUGUUGUACAAACCAUGGAUGCAAAAAUUCUUCCAUAUGUCAUUUUCUUGAUUGUUCCUAUUUUAGGUCGAAUGAGUGAUGUGAAUGAACAUGUUCGUUUAGUUAGCACCAAUUGUUUUGCCAUGUUAAUUAAGUUAGUCCCAUUGGAGGCUGGAAUUCCCAAUCCCCCUGGUUUAUCACCCGAAUUGUUGAGACAUCGAGAUGAUGAACGUAAAUUCCUUUCUCAACUUCUUGAUAGUAAGAAACUUGAUCCAUUCGAAAUUCCAGUAACAAUUAAAGCAGAAUUGAGAAAAUAUCAGCAGGAAGGAGUUAAUUGGCUCGCAUUUCUUAAUAAAUAUCAAUUACAUGGAAUAUUAUGUGAUGAUAUGGGUCUCGGAAAAACACUUCAAUCAAUAUGUAUUCUUUCCAGUGAUCAUAAUUUGCGUGCCACCAAAUAUAAAGCUUUAAAAUCACCAGAUUGUGUUCAUAGUCCAUCUCUUGUAGUAUGUCCCCCUACAUUAACUGGACAUUGGUAUCAUGAAAUUUUAAAUUACACAGAUUCAUUGAAACCUCUCUUAUAUUCAGGAAAUCCCAAAGACCGAGACAGACUACGGCCAAAGUUAGCAAGUUAUGAUGUAAUCAUUAUGUCUUAUGAUAUAGUGCGUAACGAUAUUGAUGACUUGUCUAACAUUCAUUGGAAUUAUUGUAUCCUUGAUGAAGGACAUGUAAUUAAAAAUGGAAAAACAAAGAUAACUAAAGCCGUUAAGACGGUGAAAGCAAAUCACCGACUAAUAUUAUCCGGAACUCCCAUUCAGAAUAAUGUUUUAGAACUAUGGUCACUCUUUGAUUUCUUAAUGCCCGGAUUUUUGGGAACAGAAAAACAAUUCAAUGAAAGAUUUGGAAAACCCAUAUUAGCAAGUAGAGAUAGUAAGAGCUCAUCUAAAGAACAAGAAGCUGGUGCUCUUGCAUUGGAAGCUUUACAUAAGCAAGUAUUACCAUUCUUACUUCGAAGAUUAAAAGAGGAUGUCUUGAAUGAUUUGCCACCUAAAAUCAUUCAAGAUUAUUAUUGCGAACUUAGUGAUUUACAGAAACAACUUUAUGAACAAUUUGCUAAAUCUCAAACAAAGAGCGCUGUUGAAUCAGAGAUUGAUACUGAUGAUAUUGUUGAUGAGAAGAAAGAAAAGAAAACGACACAUAUUUUCCAAGCGUUACAAUAUUUGCGUAAAUUAUGCAAUCAUCCUUUACUUGUGGUUAACAACAAACAUCCACAAUAUCGUACAGUCAUGGAUAAACUUAAAGCCAAUAAGCAAUUGUUAUUAGAUUGUGGUAUCGGUGUAGCUGCUGACUCUGAAGAAGCUACUUUAGGUGCUGGAGCUGUUAGUCAACAUAGGGCUCUUAUCUUUUGUCAACUUAAGACUAUGCUUGACAUUAUAGAGAAAGAUCUUUUUGCACCUUACAUGCCUUCAGUUACUUAUAUGCGUCUUGAUGGUUCAGUGGAUGCUAACAAACGUCAUGCAAUAGUACAACAAUUUAAUAAAGAUCCUUCAAUUGAUGUUUUAUUAUUAACAACACAUGUCGGUGGGUUAGGUAUUAAUUUAACAGCAGCUGACACAGUUAUUUUUGUUGAACAUGAUUGGAAUCCUAUGAAAGAUUUACAAGCAAUGGAUCGUGCUCAUAGGAUUGGUCAAAAGAAAGUGGUUAAUGUAUAUCGAUUAAUUACUAAAGGUACACUUGAAGAAAAAAUCAUGGGAUUACAAAAAUUCAAACUGAAUAUCGCUAAUUCUAUUGUUAAUCAACAAAAUUCUGGAUUACAAAGUAUGGACACUGACCAAAUUCUUGAUUUAUUCAAUGUAACCACUGAUAAUAAAAACAGUCAGAAAGGUGGGAAUAAUUCAUCCGCUGGUAAUCGUGGAUUCGGAUCAAAAGGAAAGAAAAUUUCACCAAAGAAUAUUCUUGAAGGGUUGGAAAAUCUGUGGGAUGAUACUCAAUAUGAAGAUCUUAAUUUAGAUAAUUUCAUUGAAUCACUUAAUUCAGGUCAAUAA